AUGACUUCGAGGUCUAGAAGUCGUUCCCGCGGUAGCAGUUCCAGUAGACGAAGCUCUCCGUCAAAAUCUCCAAGUCGAUCACCUGAUCGAAGCAGGUCACGACACAGGAGGAAAAGACUUUCCUCCUCGAGAAACGUUUCACCCAGCAAAUCUUCACAUGAAACUUUGCGAGUGGCUUGGAGAGAGGUAAAACUUGAUGAAAAUAAUUUCGAUAUUUGGAUGAAUGUGGUUCAGUUGGCAGAUCAACUGAAUGAAGCGGAUGUAAGCAGGGAGGUCUACGAACGCUUCCUAGUUCGCUAUCCGUUCUGUUACGGUUUUUGGAAAAAAUUAGCUGACUUCGAGCGUAGGAAUAAUCGAUUCGAAUCAGCUCUUAAGGUAUGGGAUCAAAGUGUGACAGCGAUCCCAUUAUCAAUUGAUCUCUGGCUUGGUUACAUUGGAUAUGCUCGAGAAGUCUAUGGGUCUGCUGGCGACACGAAUUCUAUUAACUGCUUAUACAGUCGAGCAUUAGCAACCGCAGGCCUGGAAUUCAAGAGUGAUAGUCUAUGGAACCACGCUAUUACAUGGCAAGAGACAAGAGGAGAUUGGAAGACAGUUUCUGAGAUAUACGACAAAUUGUUAACGAUACCAACUAUGAUGUAUAAAAGUCAUUAUGAAAGAUUUGAGUCUAUUAUAAAUUUCUAUGAGCCUGAUAUAUUUUUGUCGAAUGAUGAAUACGAUGAAAUUAUGUCGAAAGCUCGAAAGCAUCUCAAUUUAGGGAGUGAUGAGUGCUAUACCGAAGAAGAAAUCCCAGAAACUGUACCUCAGGGUGAACCAACUGUUAAAGUUGAGGAUGAAAGUCCUAAACUUGUGAAGGUCCGAAAGCACAACCCUGAUGUUUUAUUAUUUUUCCGUAGUGAACUCUUAAAUAGACGGCGUAAGGUUCAUGAAAAAACGAUGGAGAAGUAUAACGCACGUGUUGGAUUUGAGGGACAAAUCAAGAGACCCUAUUUCCAUGUGAAGCCAUUGGAAACUGCACAGCUCAAGAAUUGGAAACAGUAUCUUCAUUUCGAAAUGGAUCUUGGAGAACGGAAGAGAGUUUUGGUUCUAUUUGAACGCUGUGUCAUUGCAUGUGCUUUGUAUGAUGAAAUUUGGCUUCUGUAUUCAAGAUGGGCAAUUAAAAAUAAAGAUUUGAAAGAAGCUCGUUCGAUUAUCAAAAGAGGAAUCGUGCAUUGCCCUAAGAGUCUACAUUUAGCACUAGCGCUUUCGGCCUUAUAUGAACAAGAAGGGAAUUACAAGGAAGCUCUUCACAUAUUGGAUGUUUUUGAUAGAAAAAACGCCGGCUAUGCAACUAUCCAAGUGAGGCGGUUGGGAAUUCAACGGAGAAUGGAGCAAUCGGAUAGCAAGCCGAAUUACUCUAAUGUGAUUAGCAAGUGGGAGACUCUAAUACAUUCCCCUGACUCGACAAGAAGUUUGAGCAGCUUUUACUCGAUAAAGUUGGCAAGAUUCCACCUCAAGAUUAGAAAUGAUAGAAAGGUUGCUGAGAAAGUUAUCAAAAAAGCUCUGGAAAGAGAUCGAGAUAAUAUGCAAUUACAUCUCCAGCUGAUUGACAUGGCUUAUACGGAUCCUGAAUUCUCUCAAACUCGUGUACUGGAAGCAUUUGAUAGUGCCUUGAGAGCUAAGUUUCCUCCAAAUGAUAGACUGAGAAUAAGUCAAAGGAAACUAGAUUUCCUAGAAGAUUUGUGCUACGACAUAAAUAUACUUCAAGAGCAUUAUGAGAUACAUCAUUCCCUUAUAAAAGAAAUUGAAAAUCCCGAUCUCCAUACUCGCAAGAGGAAGUAUGAAAGAAACGAUCGCCGUGACGACGACAGAAUUAGCCGUGGAUAUGACCGAAGAGACAAUGACCGAUCAUCGCAUGCUUCUCACGCUCCAUACGCAUAUGCUGGUCAGCCACAGGCUCAACAGUAUUAUAUGUCGAAUGGAUAUGUGGAUCAAUAUAAUCAACAAAUGGCUGGGGGUAAUAUGAAUUAUCAGUACUAUUAA